GCAAACCAGCGAAAAUUAGAAAGUAUCAAUGACAACGAAGUGGGAUUUUAUGUUGGACUUAAAAAUCUGACCGUGGUGGAUUCAGGCUUAAGAUUCGUGUCCCGUCAGGCAUUUGUGAAAAAUGUCAAUCUACAAUACAUCAAUUUAUCCAGAAACAAGCUCUCAAGUUUGUCCAAGAAGCCUUUUCGCCAUCUGGGUUUGUCUGAUCUGAUAUUGGCGGACAAUCCAUUCAAGUGUUCCUGUGAAAUUAUGUGGAUCAAGAAAUUUCAAGAGACAAAGUUUUACACAGAAUCUCAGGAUUUGUAUUGCAUGGAUGACAACAACAAGAGGACGGCCUUGCUGGAUAUGAAGGUCCCAAACUGCGACUUGCCCUCAGCAAACUUAAGUAAUUACAACAUCACCGUGGUGGAAGGAAAGAGCAUCACAUUGUACUGUGAUACUACUGGUGGGCCACCCCCUAAUGUGUCCUGGGUGCUUACUAACCUUGUUUCAAACCAUGAGAGCGACACAAGUAAGAACCCUGCCUCGCUAACCAUAAAGAACGUUUCAUCCAUGGACAGUGGACUGUGGAUUUCCUGCGUAGCAGAGAACAUUGUGGGAGAGGACCAAGCCUCUGCUGAGCUCACGGUAUUCUUUGCACCAAAUAUCACGUUUAUUGAAUCUCCAACCCCGGACCACCACUGGUGUAUUCCGUUCACUGUGAAAGGGAACCCUAAGCCCACGUUGCAGUGGUUCUAUGAAGGGGCUAUACUGAAUGAGUCUGAAUACAUCUGUACUAAAAUACAUGUUAUCAAUCAAAGUGAAUACCAUGGCUGCCUUCAGCUGGACAAUCCUACCCACCUGAACAAUGGUGCUUAUACCUUACUGGCAAAGAAUGAGUAUGGAGAGGAUGAAAAACGGGUUGAUGCUCAUUUCAUGUCAGUGCCUGGAGAUGGUAGUGGCCCAAUUGUGGAUCCAGACGUUUAUGAGUAUGAAACCACACCUAAUGAUCUUGGAGACACUACGAAUAACAGUAAUCAAAUCACUUCUACCGAUGUUUCCAACAAGGAGAAUGAAGAUAGUAUCACUGUGUAUGUUGUGGUGGGAAUUGCAGCGCUGGUGUGCACCGGCUUAGUAAUAAUGCUCAUUAUUCUGAAGUUUGGAAGGCACUCUAAGUUUGGGAUGAAAGUUCAUGGUGAAGUAGAAGGAGUUGGUCUGGUAGAUCAAAUAUGGCUUUCAUUGCAAGACUGCGACAAUGAAGAGCAAGUAAUGGUGACUGUCAACAGUGAUGUACAUAAUAACUCAACUGCAUCAGAUAACAACAGACUGGGUUUUGUUUUAUUUCAUAAGAUCCCACUGGAUGGGUAAAUGAAAUAAGGAAAAGAUGAGAGAGGGGCUGUUGAGCUUGUGGAAACUGUAUGCUGCACACUAGGGAGUGGACAGUGUUCUUGCCCAGUGAAGUGCCACCUCCCUUGGAUUUCUCUUUUAGACAUUGGUUGUGUUUGGAGAACUGUAGAAAUACAUUCAAAUCAGUAGCUGUUUUUGCAAAAACAGGGCAAAGCCAAGCCCUGAGGCAGCUAUAAAACUCAAGAAAGUCCAGAAAUAAGCUAUCUCACUCUUUC